AUGAAGAUUCCUGUUCUUUUUGUUUUAUGUUUCUUUCUGUCCCCUUUGCCACCAGUGAAAUGUGCCAUGAAAGACACCUAUAGUUGCUUUAUCAUGAAAGGCAAAUGCAGACAUGAGUGCCAUAAUUUUGAAAAGCCAAUUGGUUUCUGCACACAACUAAAUGCCAACUGCUGUAUGUAG